AUGGCUUCAUCCAAAGCUGCUCGGCUGGGCGAGGAAGUGUGGAAGACCCGAGUCGAGAAAGUCAACGCCGAGCUAGUCACUCUCACAUACGGCACAAUUGUUGCGCAGCUGUGUAAAGACUAUGACAGCGACUACGCGGAAGUGAACCGGCAGCUCGAUCGAAUGGGCUACAACAUCGGGCUCCGUAUCAUCGAGGACUUCCUAGCCAAGUCCAACACCGGCGCAUGUGCAAACUUUAAGGAGGUCGCAGAGACGAUAUCAAAGGUUGGCUUCAAGAUCUUCCUCAACAUCACGCCGACCAUCACCAACUGGACUAGCGACAGCAAACAGUUCUCCCUCGUUUUCGAAGAGAACCCCCUAGCAGAUUUCGUCGAACUUCCCGACGACGGCCGAGCGCAAGACGAGUUGUGGUAUUCGAAUAUCCUGUGCGGCAUUCUGCGGGGAGCGUUGGAGAUGGUUCACAUGCAGGUAGAGGCUCACUUCACCAGCGACAUCCUGCGUGGCAAUGACACGACGGAGAUGAGGAUAACGCUACUACGAUACAUCGACGACGAGAUGCCACCGGACGAUGAGUGA